UGUAGCUUCUCCGACUGCGUCGGAGAAAAAGAACUACAUUACCCAGUAGGCCUUGGGGCUGCGGGGCGGUGUGGGGGCGUCACCUCACGUCUGGUACAGUCAUCCCAAGCCUCUUCGGCGGGACUGUGAUGGCCGGAGAGAUGACGAUCUUAGGAUCAGCUGUUUUGACUCUCCUGUUGGCUGGCUAUUUGGCACAACAGUAUUUACCAUUGCCUACUCCUAAAGUGAUUGGCAUUGACCUUGGCACCACCUACUGUUCGGUUGGGGUGUUUUUUCCUGGCACAGGAAAAGUAAAGGUCAUUCCAGAUGAAAAUGGGCAUAUCAGUAUACCCAGCAUGGUGUCCUUUACUGACGAUGAUGUGUAUGUGGGUUAUGAAAGCUUAGAGCUCGCAGAUUCAAAUCCUCAGAACACAAUAUAUGAUGCCAAAAGAUUCAUAGGCAAGAUAUUUACCCCAGAAGAGCUGGAGGCUGAGAUUGGCAGAUACCCAUUUAAGGUUUUAAACAAAAAUGGAAUGGUUGAGUUUUCGGUGACAAGUAAUGAGACCAUCACCGUUUCCCCAGAAUAUGUUGGCUCUAGACUGCUGUUGAAGUUAAAGGAAAUGGCAGAGGAGUAUCUUGGAAUGCCAGUUGCUAAUGCGGUUAUUUCUGUACCAGCAGAAUUUGAUCUAAAACAGAGAAAUUCAACAAUUGAAGCUGCUAACCUUGCAGGACUGAAGAUCUUGAGGGUAAUAAAUGAACCCACGGCGGCAGCUAUGGCCUAUGGCCUCCACAAGGCUGAUGUCUUUCACGUCUUGGUGAUAGAUUUGGGCGGAGGAACUCUAGAUGUGUCGUUGCUAAAUAAACAAGGAGGAAUGUUUCUAACCCGAGCAAUGUCCGGAAACAAUAAACUUGGAGGACAGGACUUCAAUCAAAGAUUGCUUCAGUACUUAUAUAAACAGAUCUAUCAAACAUACGGCUUUCGACCCUCUAGGAAAGAAGAAAUUCACCGAUUAAGACAAUCUGUGGAAAUGGUCAAAUUAAACCUGACUCUUCAUCAGUCUGCUCAGUUGUCAGUAUUACUAACAGUGGAGGAAAAAGACAAGAAAGAACCUCAGAGUAGUGACACUGAACUGCCAAAGGACAGAUUUUCCCCCGCUGAUGGCCACCAUGUGAACAGUAUAUUUGGAGCUGGCCUUUCUGAAAAGAAAAGUGGAGAAAGUCAGGUGUUAUUUGAAACAGAAAUAUCACGGAAGCUCUUUGACACCCUUAAUGAAGAUCUCUUCCAGAAAAUACUUGUACCCAUUCAGCAAGUACUAAAAGAAGGCCACCUGGAAAAGACUGAGAUUGAUGAGGUGGUUUUGGUUGGGGGCUCUACUCGUAUUCCUCGAAUCCGCCAAGUCAUUCAAGAGUUCUUUGGAAAGGAUCCCAACACUUCUGUAGACCCUGACCUGGCCGUGGUGACAGGAGUGGCCAUCCAAGCAGGGAUCGAUGGAGGCUCUUGGCCUCUUCAAGUCAGUGCUUUAGAAAUUCCCAAUAAGCAUUUACAGAAGACCAACUUCAACUGAAUUAUAGAGGGUUGAUUAUUUGUGAUUGUCUCAUGAUCUCUUCCUCCUUAUCAGACCACCUCCUCCAAUAAAGAAAAAUCUGUAAAAUAAUCUCACAAAUUUACCUGAAAGGGAACAUUUAGAUACACAGAAAUUUUACAUAAUAUUUUGUUUUAGGAUGAAAUGUGACCAGAUUGAUCCUAUUUGAUUUUGGAGAGAUCACAUUCCAACAAAUACUUCUAAAAUGACAGAAUUGAGGUAAAACUCUUAAAGGAGCAUGGGUGGCUUUGUUUUUUGGAUUCUGGAAGUAGAGAACCAUAUGCACUUAACGUUGUAUUCUGUAAACAUUGCCUGGUGCCAAUUUUACAAUUCCCAGUUCUUACUAAAUUGUAUUAGCAGGAGCUGGUAAUUGAUUGACUUGGUUAUCACAUGUAACUAUUAGUUUGAGCUAUUACUGAAGGACAGUAUUGGUGUCAGAUUUUUACAUUGGCUGGGAGAUAGGCAGUAUUCUUAAUAUAAGCUGCAUAUGUAAUAUUCAGUAACUGACAUGUAUGUAAUAAAUUUGCUUUCACAAAUUCAAACUUAUGUGAUUUAUUCAAAUGUUUCAGUACCUGACAGUAAAAGUAACCAACUUACACUGUAGUUCCUUCAUUUGUUAUACAUUAUUUGCUUGGAUUUCCAUGAUUCUGCCUGGUUAGAAAACAGGAAUUAUUAAUUUGAUUUGAUACAUGUCUUAAUGUCAUAAUAAAGCCAUCAUCACUAUCUCUUUUUUGUUAUCCACAGUGUUUGCAGACUUGGUAAUUAGCAGUAAUUAGCUACAGUAUUUAUGUUUUUGUUUUUGUAUCUUUAUUUUCAGUGAGCCCUGGACACUGUAGCUUGCAUUUGAACUAUCAAAUCCUACUUGAUUCAGUUUCUAUGGAGAUUUUACCCCAUGUUAUUUGACUGAAGAUCAUUUGUAAAAUCCUUAUUACUGUUUCCCACUAUCACUUUACAGUAGUCACUCUUGGACUGUUUUUAGCCUUAAGGUUAGUAUGUGAUGAGAGCAAAAAAAAUUGUGAAUAUUGGAAGUAAUGUUGCAAUCUAAUGUGGAAGGCAAUGUGGAAAAAUUUCUACAAAUCAGCACUUGUAGCAGUUUUGUUUUGCUUUUGUUUGUUUCUGUUUAGAAAAGCUACAGGGACCAAGAAAGAAAAUAUAGCAAGCAGUUCUGUUUCUGAGAUGCCCAUAUUUAAAGAUUUAUUUAUUUAUUUUUUUUCUUAAUACAAGCAUGCUUCAUACCAUAUUCAUCUGGUCAACAUGUUUGUUGAUGUAAAGUAUGUCUGCUUUAUAUCCAUUGUUGAAUUUAAAGGCUGUUGAAUUUCCAAUCACUGAAAAGAGAACUAAGCAAACUCAUUUCAGCAACAUCAAAACAAUUCAGCUACUCAUAAUAAAAAGCUGAAUGUUAAUAUUUUUCGCAGAUCUAAAAAAAUAAUGUUAGCAAUGAGAUUGCUGUUAAGACACAAUUUCAAUCAAAUAGUUUGUGUACGGAAUGUCAAGUAGGUAGGAAAAAAAUGUUUGUUGACAUAUUUUAUUUUAGAACUAACAGAGAAAUGCCAAAGAUGAAUCCUUCACUGCAUUAUGAAAAUAUUUGAGUGUUCUCUCAGACGAUAUGAAUCUUUAAUAGAUUUUAGACUUGGAAAAGAUCUUUUUGCAAAGGUCUUUAAGAAAAAAGUGUUCCAUCUGUCAAGAUCUCCACAUAAAAUAUCAAUUUUAACCUGAAGAAUUUUGACAUUUUUUAAAAAAAAAACCUUGACUUUCUCAAAUACAUGAGAUAGUUUAGGACAAUGUGUUAGGGCAACAAUUUGUUAAAAAAGGGCAGCUAAUCUCAUAUACUGAAAAGGGAAUUUAAAUAAUUUGAUUGUGUCUGAAAAAUAGAAUGGCAGUGUUGGAAUUUGGGGGCAGUGUUUAGCAUAUUCUCUAAUAUAGUUACACCUUUAAAAAUACGAAGUAAUGUCUGUCUUUGAUCAUAUUUUAGGGGGCUAUAUAUAAAUGGUCUUGAAAUCGAUGUAGUUUAUUUAUUUAAAAGAUAAAAAUGCUUCCUGAAAGGGAUAUUUAUGCCUAAUCUGAAAACAUUUUUCAUAAACCAAUACAUUUUGGUUGUAUAUCUAGCUAGUGUUUUUUGAAGUGCAUAACUUUUUAAAUAUUAACUGUUGUAUGAUUAGAAUAUGUGAAUGAGUAAUUUAUUUUGUAUCAGGAAUGUUUUGGUACUGUGUUUUCACUCAAACCACUGACUUAACAGAUGCUACUGUGUAUCACAUGUACUGAAAACUAUAUAGUUCUUGUGCAUAGCAGAUUGUGCCUCUUAAAUUUGUGUGUGUACAGGUAAUUCACAUUUUAAUGUAAAUAAAUACCACUUUGAAGUUUGUUUUUUAAA